CUCCCGUUAUUCCGACAGGGCCGCCGUGUCUUGUUUUGCAGCUGCACGAUUUUUCCUGCGAUGAAAUGGCCGUCCCCUCCGAACACCACGGCGUUUGAUCGCUGACCCCGUUCGAGUGAGAGACCGCACAUUCACGACUGCCAAGCGAAAGCCUUUCAGUGUUAUGGUGAACCUCGCGCGGACUCUAUUGUGAUCGUCGACGGUGACAAAACAUCAACACCACCUUCAAGGGGACCACCACCACCAUGUUUCGCAACAAAGGUUGGUUCUCGGGUGGUCUCUGGAAACCCAAGAACCCGCACUCUCUGGAACAUCUCAAGUAUUUGUACCACCUGCUGUCGAAGAACCAGACGGUCACUGAGCAGAACAAGAGCAUCCUGGUGGAGACUCUUCGCUCGAUUGCCGAGAUUCUUAUCUGGGGUGACCAGAAUGACAGCACCGUCUUCGAUUUCUUCCUGGAGAAGAACAUGCUCUCCUUCUUUCUGAAGAUCAUGAAGCAGAAGUGUGGCCGCUACGUGUGCGUCCAGCUUCUGCAGACGCUCAACAUCCUCUUUGAGAACAUCCGCAACGAGACGUCACUGUAUUACCUCUUGUCCAAUAACCACGUGAACUCCAUCAUCGUGCACAAGUUUGACUUUUCCGAUGAAGAGGUGAUGGCAUACUACAUAUCUUUCCUGAAGACUCUCUCGCUCAAGCUCAACAAUCACACCAUUCAUUUUUUCUACAACGAGCACACCAACGACUUCCCCUUGUACACCGAGGCCAUCAAGUUCUUCAACCACAACGAGAGUAUGGUGCGCAUCGCUGUCCGUACACUCACCCUCAACGUCUUCAAAGAAGCUAAUGCCAGCAGGCCCGAGGGCAUGCUGCAAUCCAAACAUAAGAGAAAAAAUGGACGUGUGGAGGACCGGGCGAUGCUGAAGUUCAUCCGCGAUCGGACGGCCGCACCGUACUUCUCCAACCUCGUCUACUUCAUCGGCAAGCACGUCCUUGAGCUGGACAGCUGCGUCACGCAUGCUGAGCACGGCUACAGCACGCGUCUGUCGGACCUGGUGGCCGAACACUUGGACCACCUGCACUACGUGAACGACAUCCUGUGCCUUCGGAUCGAAGCCCUGAAUGCGGUGCUCACCGACCACCUCCUCAACCGGCUCCUGGUGCCCCUCUACGUGUACUCCCUCGUCCAGGGACCCCACCCGUGCCUAGCGGAUGACCGGAAGAAAGUCAGCAGCAUAGUCUCCUUGUUCCUCUUGUCACAGGUGUUCCUGAUAGUGUCGCAUGAGCCGUUAGUCAGGCAGCUGGCAAACAUUAUUCUGAACCGGGACAUGAAGGUGUUCACCGCGAGGGCCAAGGAGGACUCUGCAUCAAACAAGAGCGACCUGGGCAGCGAGCCCGAGUUUGUGGCCCCCGAAGAGACGCUCGAGAAGAGCCUGGAGACGUGGACGUCCGCGGCGCCGGCGAGCGAGGCCGGCAUGAGCGCUGAAGAGGAGGGUUGCCACGGUGAUCCCCCCCACGCCAACAGUUCAGCCGCGGCGACGCCGACCAACGCCUGCCCACCUGGCCGUUCCCCGUCCGUGUCCUGUCAUCCCGAGGACGGCGAUCACUCGCAGCCAGCCUCCUCAGCCGACUGCGAGGUGAACCCCGCCUACCUUCCGGACGGCCUCAACAUCACGGACGAACAGAAGGCCGAGGCUGUGCAGAGGCUCAACAUGGCCGCCCUGGAGCAGCUCAGCCAGGGUUGGCCACUCUGCGAGAGGCCCUUCUUGGCAGCCGUCUUGAACGCCCUAGACUGCAGCGAAAAUGACCACCCGGCGUUGUUCGCACUUUGUCUACUCUACGCGUUGGGCCACAAUCCAGGCAUCAACCGCGAGCUGCUGGACACUGUGCUCAUGCCAUCCCUGAACCCGGAGACGAAGCACUGGUACAAUGUGGCCCUCAUGGACAAGCUGAUCCAGAUUAUCGCCUUGAGCUGUAAAUAUGGAACUAAGGUGCGACUGGCGACUCUGGAGAUGUCUCUGCUGCUGCUUCGCCAGUUGGCCACAAUCGACGGCGAGUCGUGUCUCCAGGACCACCACCUGGCCGGCUUGGAGCAGGCCAAGGAGGAGAGCACGCUGCUGCUCCGGAAUUUCUACAAGAGUGAGGAGAUGUUCCUCGACAUGUUUGAAGACGAGUACCAGGAGAUGAAGAAGAAACCGCUCAACGUGGAGUACCUGAUGAUGGACGCCAACCUGCUGCUGCCGCCCAUGGGGACGCCCAUGUCCGGGGUGGAGUUCCACAAGCGCCUGCCCUGUGGCGAAGUGGAGAGGAUGCGAAGGGCUAUACGAGUGUUUUUCCUGCUACGCGAGCUCUCCCUGUUCCUGAGCAACGAUCGGGAGACGCAGCUGCCGCUCACAAACUUGGCGAGCUGCGUCAAGGUAGACGACGUCCUUGACCUGAACAACAGCGACCUGAUCGCCUGCACGGUGGUGAGCAAGGACACGCAGAAGAUCCGGCGCUUCAUGGUGAUCGACGUGGCGCAGCUCGUUCUCGUCGAGCCCGACGCCAAGCGGCUCGGCUGGGGAGUGGCCAAGUUUGUGGGCUUCCUUCAGGACAUUGAGGUCACAGGCGACAAGGAGGACAGCCGGUGCCUACACAUCACGGUGCACAGCAGGGGGUCGGCGAGCCGCAACGCGAGCGGCCCCGGGAGCGUGCCCCUCCUGGCGGCGCGAUUCCUUUUCGACGACCACAUCCGCUGCAUGGCGGCCAAGCAGCGUCUCAACAAGGGGCGCAUGCGCGCGCGACAGCGGAAGAUGCAUAGCAUCGCCCGCCUCCUGGACCUGCCGCUGCAGCCGCCGUCGCCCCUGCGGCACCAUCCGCACACACCCAGGGCGCCGUGCGGACCGGCGGCAUCUCUGUCGGCCGCGUCGAGUCUGAUGCACCGAAGUCUCUCACAGGACACGGGGCUCCGCGGUCGGGCGGGUACCGCGGGCGCGGCAGGUCCUCCUACGCACCACCAGCCAUACAGGCCACUGUUCACGACGUCCUCGAAGGUGCCCGGCUUCGCCACAGCACGAUCCGGGCACCGGGGCAGCGCUGGUGACAUCGAAGGUCGGCAGCGAAGGCGUUCGGGGAGCAGCCCCGUCUCUCGCGGCCGGUCAACGUCGCGGGAGUCGUCUCCACGCCUCGGUCACCGGUCGCGGGACCACUCUGAGGAGAUUCCUCUGGAAGACCUGUCAACCAGGGUCACGGGCAGCCAGUCUCCUGUGCAGAUGAGGCCCUGCUCCGGCAGUCCCAGUGAAGGCAGUUCCAGCGGUGUCUGCAAGAAACCGCGCUCCGAGGAAACGGCAAUGGACCAGUCUGCCUCGCCGGAGGUCGGGGCUCCCGCGGUCUCGCUGGUGGUCCCGUCGACGGACUUUGAAGUGCCGCUCUUGCUUCCGCCCAAAGAAGGUUCCGCCACCACGCUUCCGUCGCCUCCAUCAAGUGUCGACGAGAUGGGCGACAGUCCAGCGACCGAAUGCCGGAAGCCAUGCUGCUUCAGCGAGACGUCGUUCUCGGAAGGGUCCGGCACGGCGGAGCACUGCAAUGGUGACUUCUCGGAGGACACUGCGACGUGCCGGUCGUCCUCGGACGAGACGACCGUCCUCGGCACGGAAGUUGUCGACGACGGCUUCGAGGCAACCCUCACGCUGGCCGCGACAUCCAAGGCCAAAGAUGUCUGGUGCGCACAGUCUAGUGUGUUUGCGCCGCUGGGAACGAGUGUUCAAGCCAGCAGCACGCAGCUGCGUCGGCCCUUCAGCCACCCGUCUUGGAUCUAGCUUCAGCUUUUGUCGGCUUCGAGUGCGGCUUGCAGUCUCCAAGAAAGCAGGCGCAGGCCUGCCUCGAUUUGUACAGUUUUGCAAGUGCCGAAGUCGUCUGCUUCCUUUUCCUUCUCUCUCACGCAAUAAAGUAACGAGUUGUUGGGGUCGACGACAAUGUGUGGAGAGGAGACGCAAAACAGUGACAAGUACACUGAGUUACCUGUUUUGUCUUUCAGUGCGCGUGCGUGGCAUGUUGUAUAUAUAAAGAUCAGAGUGAGUAAACAUUUUCUUGCUCCUUUUUUGUUUCCUUAAUUUAGGACUGUUUGUAGUGAAAAAAGGGGCCCUCUUGUACACAAGCGUGCUGGUGGAACUACUGUUUUUGACGCAUUUGUUGUAAAUAUGUGAGAACCAUGCAUUGUACGUAGGAGUGGGAGAGUAAAUAUAUAUUUGAAAAUUUUGCACGAA